GUCCCCCGGCCGAGCCGCGACUGUAUCUCUAGCCCUGCCUUAGGUUAUGAUGAUGUCAGACAUUGCUAAAGACAGAACAGCUCAUUUACUAAAGAAGAGGGGCAGCGUGUCUUCUCUAAGUAGUCAUGAGUUCCGGCGGAAGGAACCUCAGGGGCGCACCAAAGACUCUCUGAGUACAGUGUCGUAUAUGGAUGAACCUAGCCAGUGUGAAGAUGCCUCUCGCCUCACAGUUCAGAUGGAAAACACGUAUCAGCUGGGUCCUACCAAACAUUUUCCUGUGAUUAUUGUCAAUCAUAUUCUGAAAGAUGUAUUAACUAACUACCUACAAGAAGAACAGUAUGAACCAGAGCUCUGUAGACAGAUGACUAAAACGAUUUCUGAGGUUAUUAAAGCCCAGGUCAAGGACUUGAUGAUUCCACGAUAUAAGCUAAUUGUGAUGGUUCACAUUGGACAAUUGACUGGCCAAAGCAUACUGAUUGGAAGCAGAUGCCUCUGGGAUCCUAAAAAUGAUAACUUUGCAUCUUACAUUUUCAGAAAUUCUUCUCUCUUUGCUCUUGCAAAUGUCUAUGCAGUUUACUUUGAGUGA